UAGAAAGGCAGCUCAAGAAAUGCAAGAUGCAGGGCUCCAGAGGGUGCUGGGGCUGUUGGAGAAGCUGGAGCAGUGCCAGGCAGCCCCAGAGGGCAGGAAGCGGCUGAGCUGUGUGCUGAAGUUCCUGGACCUCUGGGACCAGCAAGGGGCUGGGCCACUGAGCCCUCGCCUCCCCAGGGAGCUGAGGAAGAGACUGAGGGCAGAGGUGGGCCAGGGAGGAGUAAGCGACUCAAGCAUAAAAGAAAUCCAAGCUGCCUUGUAUGCGCACGUUGCUCCGGCCUUCGAGAGCUUCUGGGCUGAGGUGAGUGAGGGGCUGGGCAGGCAUGGAAUACAGCCCUCCCAGAUCCAAGACGAGGGCUGGCCCAAGCUUCAGCCACUCCUACAUUUGCUGGCUGCCAAGGUGGCCCUCAAGCAUCUAAGGAACAGGAAAGCUGCGGUGGGGUCAGCAGCUACAGCCCAGCCCAGCCAGGAAGACAAAGCCUCCUUCUGCCAAUUCCUCAGGGCUGCUGCCGAAGGCUGGCCCACCCUGGAGAUGCUGCACUUCCUCAAACACCUGCAGGUCCAUGGCCCCCCUGUGUUGGAGCAUGGCCUGCACUUCCAGCUGGAGGUGCAGAAGUUCAAGAACGCCCAUCACGCCAUGCCAGACAGGGCUGUCCUGAGGAAGAAGGUGCAGGUGAUCCGUAACUGCUUCCUUGUCUCCCAGCUGGAGCCCCGGCUGCAGGUGGUGGUAGAUGCUGAGAAGUUGGGGAGAGCUAUCCGGGCAGCUGAGCAGGCUCUCCAGCAGGAUGCCCCAGCACCACCUCCUGGCCUGUUUGAUGAGCUGAGGGACUCCGUCUUCAGCACCCUACUGCCGUACUGGGCUGGGUUCCGAAAGGCCUGGCUGAAGUGGUCGCCUGAGAGCGCCCAGAAAGCCCCAGUGCUGAGAGCCCAGCAGCUCCUACAGCAGAGACAGACCUUGUUUGAGCGGUCCCAGGGCCCACCACAAACAUUCCAGCUGCCUCCUCUGCAGCAGCGUGUAAACGUGAAGGGAAGCAAGCAGCAGGACGGCUUCACUUACACCUUCUCCGUCAGCAGGGGCAUUGCCCUGAAGGUCAGUGGGCAGGUCUGCACACCCACUCCUAAAGGGAGCAGGGGUAGCCAGCAAAAGGUCGCAGCUGGCUGUAACCUCAGACCUGAGGUGUUUAAUCUACAAAAUGCUCCUGCCAGCAACUUGGCGACUUUGGUAAGACACAAAGGGGCUCAGCCUGGUGUUCCUGCUGGUAGCACCCAAGUUGCUCCUCCCACCCAUACACCAGUCCAGGAAGGAGGUGGCGUUUGCAGAAGCUACUCAUGUAGCAACACCCACAAUAAGUGGUACACCUUGGAUGGCUGGAGCCACUUUUCCCAAUAUACUAACAUCCCUCCCCGUGUCCAAUACAGACUCUUCUGAGUUGGACCCCAGCAGCUGUUGAACAGCAGACAGUAACAA